AUUGUCUUCUCCAUUUUGAUUGAUUCUCUAAAAUCCACUCGUCCCAAAAUCAAAUCGAGAACCCGCACUUCUCAAAUCGCCACACCCCAACUCCGAUACCCAAAAUGCGGCGCGGCGGCGGCGGCGGCGCUGCGGGCCGCCACCCGAAGUCCUCCCUGGCGCCCUCCGCCGCGGUUGACCGCACCCCGAUGAUGGACCAGCCCCUCUACCCCCGGAACCUCGACCACGCCUUCUCCCGCCGCGACUCCGACGCCUUCAGCAUCUGCAGCAGCCGCCCUUCCUCCAUCGGCACGGCUCCCGCCCAUGCCGCCCCCACCACCAACCUCUCCGACCGAAGCUCCCAGGCCGCCGCCCUCCGCGUCGUCAACGCCUACCUCGCCCCCACCAUCCACCUCCGCGCGCCUCUCCCCGCCGCUCGCGACAUCCUUGCCGCCUUCCGCCACUUCCUCGAGCGCCUCCAGUACCCCGUCCAGACCUCCCUGGAGGAAGACCUCCUCAUCCUCCUUCGCCUCCUCGCCUGCCCCUACAAGCUCACCCGUUCCGCCCUCAAGGCUCCCGGGACCCCGCACUCCUGGCCGCCCCUCCUAUCCGUCCUCUACUGGCUCACCCUUCUCUGUCGCGUCGCUGACAACCUCGACGCAUCCUCUUCCCCCACCGCCGCGACCUCCAAUGACCUCAUGCUCUACAUCACGGAGAGCUACAAUCUAUUUCUCACAGCCGACGAUGAUGCCGUCGCCUCUCUCGACGAGGAGUACAUGUCGAAGGCUAGUGUCCAAACGGAUGCGCUCGCUGUGGCCGUUCAGGCACUGGAGAAGGAGGUUGAGGAUCUGGAAGGGAAGCGGAGUAAGCAAACCUCGGAGCCUUCACGUCGGAAGGCGCUGGAGGAGAAGAAGGAAGCAUUCACUGCGGAUGUUCAGAAGUUUGAUGCAGUGGUUAAGAGCUGGUCCGCAAAGAUCAAAGAGAAGGAAGAUUCGUUGGUGGUCCUGGAGAAGGAGCUGGAGGCGAAGGUGAUGAAUGGCCAGCACAUGUUGGUUGAGAAUGAGGAGCUGGUAAAAAAGGUGGAGGCACAGGUGGUAAAUGUAAGGGAUGCUGAUAGGAUGACUAGGGAGAUGCAAGCAGUUGAGCAUGAUAUUUCCAAACUGGAGAAUGCGAAUGCAGCGCUGGAGGAGAAGGGAUGGGAGCUUCAAGCUGCGCUGGUCACCAAGCUUGAGGAUAUCGAGGGGCUUGCUGAGCAGUGCAACCAGGCCCUCAAAAGGUUGAAACUCGGUAUUGAUUUCAAAUACAUGCUAAAUGCAAAAGGAUCUUCCCCAUCUGAAAUCCUUGGUACCGCGUACAAAACUGUCCUAAAGGCUGCACUCAGUGCUCUUGCUAAUGAGACUAAAAGGAUAUUUGCCUCAAAACAUGAUGAGUCAAAUGAUCUGCAAAAGCAUUUGCAAGGAAAUGCUAAAAUCAUAGAGGAGAAAAGGAACAAUGUUUCUGUUCUAGAGGCUAAAACUAAUGAGGUUAUUGCUCAAUUGGAUUCGCUGGAUCUUGAAAUUGGAAAUCAUGUUUCAAGCUGCAGUGCUGAUUCUAGAAAGAUGAAAGAUGAGUUAGAGGAAAAAGAGGAUCACUUGAGUACCCUUGAAAAGGAGGCAGACACAUUUUUAAAGAAUUCUGAACAGAGUUUCCAAGAUGUAUCACGACAAACCGAUGAAGAAACUCAGAUGUGUGCAAGCGAACUGCUGAAACUUAUCGAUUCCAUUACAGAGUAUAAAGAGUUCGUAGAAACAUCAAUUUCUGGAAUGAAGAAAUGCCUUUAUGAAAGCGUGGACGACAUUGCUUCUUUGUAAGCCAAGAUGCCGUUAUGAAAGCGAGAACAUGAAGGAAGCUUCAUACUGAAAUGGAUGCUCAGAUUGGAGCUGCUACAGGUUUUGGCACAGCCUUUGCCCUAUUGCUACUCCAGUAUCUUACUGUAGCAUGCAGCACUAAUAUGUUGCUAGCAUUAUACCCAGUAUACUCUCUUCUCUUUGUUUUACAGCAGCUAGUCUAAAUCUGUUAUUCUGUUCAUCGUUGGAUUGUGAUACCGGCAACCAAUAUGGAGUGGUGUAUGUUUGGAUGGUGGCCAAAUGAAAAGCUAUCAAAAUCUUGAUCAUGAUCAAAGUUUUGAUCCUUGUUUGAUA